AUGUACAUUUUGAAUCAAGUUGUUCUUUGGGAUAAAAUACUUCGACGUGGUGAAAAUGCACGAAUCAAUUUACAUGAAUUAAAUUCAAAAUAUUAUUUUUGGGAUGAUGGUGAAAAUUUAAGAUCGAAUAAUAUCACAUUAAUAUUGGGCUGGAAUGUAAUUUCGAAUGCUGGAAGUUUAUCACAUGUUCAAGCCAAUGGUUCAACAUCGUUUAUAUUUUCGGAUAGUUAUACAACAAGUCGAGGAAGUUAA